CUCUCCUCCUCCAGCCCCACCGUGCGGAGCCCUCUUUCCUUCUCCUCGCCCUAGAUUCCUCAGCUGCGGGCGGGUUGGGGCGGCGGUUCCUCACACCUUCCUGUCCCGCCUCAGUUAUAUGGCAGGUAUUAAGAGGUGCGGGGCGGGUUGAGGGAUCCCCUCCAUCCCAGCUUCGGGCUAUGUGUUGGUUGGUUUCUUAAAUACUUACUACUACUGCUACUAAUAUGCUGCCGUUCCGUAAAGAUACUCUCAGGGAGCCUUACAGUAAAUGCAAAUAAGUUUUUGUUGUCGUUUUUAAAGGAAAUUUAGAGAGCGUGAAGCAAUAGAUUAAAAACUGGCCGCGAUAUCAAGGCUGUGUACGUGUCCCGUGGGGUUAUUUCGAGUGCUUUCCUUCCAGCCCGAGACAGGUUGCGGUUACUUCGACAUCUUUUUUUCUCCUUCCUGCCGCUGACCCGUCGCCCACUAAGUGAUAGCGCUGGGGAUCAGAAGUUGGCCAGGAAAGAAUAACCAGGGAAAUUGGCUGGCGUGUCUCAGCUGUGUAGGGAACACGUCGUUCUGCACAUGCUCUACGGGCACUCACUUGACAGCCUUCCUAUUACUGAAAUUUAUUCAUUAGACUUACAUCACAUGUUUCCUCUCAAAGGACCCCAGGGCGGCAUUCAUCCUUAAACAAGUUGUUGCUGCUUUGCAUCUUCUUCCUCUUCAGUUCACACCCCCACUCUUUUUUGGACUUCUCUAGUUAGUGGAUUAAAAAGGUGUUUAGUCUUAAAUAUGGCUGGAAAUGUCCUUUAACUUGAUGCCUGGCAAGGCUGGAGGGGAGCUAAAUUUAUGCACAUCUUCUGGGGCACUGCCUCCCCCCUUUACCCUCCUUCAUGCUCUGAUAGAAAGGAACUAACAUUGCACAUGCUCUUGGCCACUCUGUUAUAUUAAGGUGCUGCACCUCUACCACUUCUCCAGUUUCUAGAGAUCUUCCUUGGAGACUUUGCUCAGGCUAGCUGAGGACUUUAUCUAGAUAGGACUUUAUCUGUAGCAACGCUUCAUUUUGUAGAAACCUUGCUAGCAGGCCCAUUGGGCCACCUAACUACUUACUGUAGUCUCAGGUCCUUCCUUGCUUAGUCAAAAUUUACUUGUUUGUACAGACUUUUUAACGAGGAGAUUGUUCCUGGAAGAGUGCUGCAGAUUAUUUUCUUUAGCCUUUUGUUACAUUUUUUUGAACUUCUCAUUACUUCACCCUUUGCCAUUUGCCUUUAGUGUCAUUGAACAGAAAGGCAAUACAUCAAUAGGUUUUGUAAUAAAUCAGUCUUCCUGUGGGGAGCCCUGGCUCUUCACCCAGUGGACAACCUUACUUUUGACAAAGUGACUAAGGACUCUCUGCUUCAUUUGCUUCCACCUCUGUCUCACUGAAGAGUCCGCUGCAAAAGAGGGAAGGAAACCAGCUGUCCGCCCUCCUCCCCCCCCUUUCACUUUUCCCCCAACAGAGAGGUGGGUGGGUUAGUAACAGCACCAAUUUAAAUGCAGAGUGAGGGAAGGAAAGGUGUGAACAAAGAGGUGAAUCUGGGUUCAGAGAAAAUGUGUGUGUGAACCUUGUAGGAAGGAAACAGAUAUGUUUAUCACUAUUUCAAAUGUAUGAACAUGGUUUUAAGGUUGAAAGCCAAUUUUUCAUGCUAACCUAAGUCUCUGGGUUGCCCUUGAAAAGGAAGGGGUUUCUGUAUCCUCCCAAACUCCCUCAAUUUAUGUUGGGUUAGGGAAGGGGCUUUGUCUGGGGAGCAGUGGACGCUUCAUACAGCAGAGCAGAAGGAACAACUUCAGCCCACUGAAGAUUUGCUGCCUUCACCCUGAAAAUGUCGAAGAAAAGCAUAGACUAUGGGGAGCUACCUGAGUAUGAGAAGAGUCAAAUCAAAAGGACCUUGGAGCUAGGCACCGUCAUGACAGUGUACAGCAUCAAAAAGAGUAGUCCAGAGAGGAGGACAAUCCAAGUCAUUAUGGAAACUAGGCAGGUGGCAUGGAGCAAGACAGCUGACAAAAUAGAAGGUUUCUUGGAUUUGAUGGAAAUAAAGGAAAUCCGGCCAGGAAAAAACUCAAAGGAUUUUGAACGGGGGAAAGCAGCACGGCAAAAAGAUGAUGUUUGUUUUACUAUUUUCUAUGGUACUCAGUUUGUUCUCAACACCUUAAGCUUAGCAGCUGACUCAAAGGAUGAUGCUGACAAAUGGCUGUGUGGCUUGAAUAUCUUGCAUCAAGAAGCAGUGAAUGCUUCCACUCCAGCAAUUACAGAGAGCUGGCUCAGAAAACUGAUUUACUCUGUGGAUCAAUCCAGAAGAAACAGCAUCAGCCUUAGAGAGCUGAAGACUGUUCUCCCAUCGGUAAACUUCAAAGUGAGCAGUAUGAAGUUCCUGAAAGAUAAGUUUGCAGAAAUAAAAGCUGUUAAAGAAGAACUUAGCUUUGAGCAAUUUCAUCUGUUCUACAAGAAAAUAAUGUUUGAGCAACAGAAAUUGAUUCUUGAUGAGUUCAAGAAGGAUUCCACUAUGUUUCUUCUAGGAAACACAGAUCGCCCAGAUGCUUCAGCAGUGCACUUGCAUGACUUUCAGAGAUUUUUGCUACAUGAACAGCAGGAAUCUUGGGCACAGGAUCUUAGUAAAGUAAGAGAACGGAUGUCUAAAUUUGUAGAUGACACUAUGAGAGAAACAGAUGAACCCUUUCUGUAUGUUGAUGAGUUCCUUACUUACCUUUUUUCAAAAGAAAACAGCAUAUGGGAUGACAAAUAUGACUCAAUAGAUCCUCAGGACAUGAAUAACCCUUUGUCCCACUACUGGAUAUCUUCUUCACAUAAUACGUACCUCACAGGAGACCAGCUUCGUAGUGAAUCUUCUCCAGAAGCUUACAUAAGAUGUCUCCGAAUGGGGUGCCGAUGUAUUGAAUUGGAUUGCUGGGAUGGUCCUGAUGGGAAGCCUAUCAUUUAUCAUGGAUGGACAAGGACAACAAAGAUAAAAUUUGAUGAUGUUGUGCAAGCCAUCAAGGAACAUGCAUUUGUCACAUCCGAGUACCCAGUGAUUUUGUCAAUUGAGGAGCAUUGCAACGUGGAGCAGCAGCGUCACAUUGCCAAAGUCUUUAAGGAAGUACUUGGGGAUCAGCUUUUAACAAAGCCCAUCGAAGCUAGUGCUGAUCAGCUACCAUCACCAACUCAGCUGAAAGAGAGGUUCAUCAUUAAGCAUAAAAAACUGGGACCAAAAGGUGAUGUGGAUGUGAACACGGAAGAUAAGAAAGAGGAAAAAAAGCAACAAGGAGAACUCUACAUGUGGGACACCAUAGACCAGAAAUGGACUCGCCAUUACUGUGCUGUAGCAAAUGAGAAGCUCUCAUUCAGUGAUGAUAUAGAGCAGAAUACUGAAGAAGAACCAUCAAAGGAAGUGAAGCGUGCUGAGCUGCACUAUGGUGAGAAAUGGUUCCAUGGAAAAAUGAAAGAAGGGAGAACUACUGCUGAGAAGCUGCUCCAGGAAUAUUGUGCUGAAAUGGGUGGCAAGGACGGAACAUUCUUAGUGAGGGAGAGUGAAGCUUUCCCUAAUGACUACACACUGUCAUUCUGGAGAUCAGGUAGAGUCCAGCACUGUCAUAUCCGUUCCUCAAUUGAUGGAGAUACUGUAAAAUAUUUCCUGACAGACAACCUCACCUUUGAUAGUGUCUGUGAUCUAGUUCAGCAUUAUAGAGAAGCACACUUGCGGUGUGCCGAAUUCGAACUACGUUUGACUGAUGCUGUGCCUAACCCCAACCCUCAUGAAUCUAAGAAUUGGUACUACAGUAACCUGAGCAGAGGAGAAGCUGAGGAUAUGCUGAUGCGAAUUCCUAGAGAUGGAGCCUUUUUGAUAAGGAAGAGGGACGAACCCAAUUCCUAUGCCAUGACUUUCAGAGCUGAGGGGAAAGUGAAACAUUGCCGAAUCAAACGAGAAGGCCGCCUCUUUGUCAUGGGAACAUCUGCUUAUUUUGAGAGUUUAGUGGAACUGGUGAACUACUAUGAGAAGCACCCGUUGUAUAGGAAGAUGAAACUGCGCUAUCCUGUGACGGAGGAGCUGCUGGAGCGCUACAGCACGGAGAAAGAUCCUAGCUCAUUAUAUGAAGUGAAGGCAUAUGUGGAACCUGGUGAAAUAACACCUUCUGUGCCACAGAGAACUGUUAAAGCCUUGUACGACUACCAAGCGAAAAGAGACGAUGAGCUGACUUUUUGCCGAGGGGCUUUAAUUCAUAAUGUCUCAAAAGAAGUUGGUGGCUGGUGGAAAGGCGAUUAUGGGUACAAAGUUCAGCACUACUUCCCAGCCAAUUACGUGGAAGACAUGUCCUCUGAUAACAUGGAAGAUCUUGAGAAUCAGAUAAUUGAGGACAAUCCUUUAGGGUCAUUAUGCCGGGGUAUUUUGGAUCUCAAUAAGUAUAACGUUGUAAAAAUGACACAGGGAAAACAUGGAAAGUCUUUUGUCUUUAUCCUGGAACCCAAGAAUCAUGAAGAUGCUCCUGUUGAAUUUGCAACAGAAAAGGUGGAAGAGCUAUUUGUAUGGUAUCAAAGUGUCAGGGAAAUCACAACGAAAACUACUGAAGAGGAGAAUUUCAGAGUGUUCUGGGAGAAGAAGCAGUUAAUUGCCAUGGAAUUGUCUGAUUUGGUGGUAUAUUGCAUACCCACGAGUAAAACAAAGGACAACCUAGAAAAUCCUGAUUACAAAGAAAUCCGUUCCUUUGUGGAGACCAAAGCAGAAGGCAUUGUCAAGCAGAAGCCUGCUGAUCUACUGAAAUAUAAUCAGAAGGGACUGACACGAAUAUACCCAAAAGGGCAGAGAGUAGAUUCCUCAAAUUAUGAUCCUUUUCGUUUCUGGUUUUGUGGAUCACAGAUGGUGGCUCUUAAUUUCCAGACACCAGAUAAAUACAUGCAAAUGAAUCAUGCCUUGUUUUCCCUUAAUGGGCGGACUGGCUAUGUACUGCAGCCAGAAAGCAUGAGGAGUGAGGCGUAUGACCCCGUGCCAAAUGAAUCCAAGAAGAAACUACAGAUGAUUUUGACAGUGAGGGUAAUCGGAGCUCGCCAUCUUCCCAAGCUUGGAAGAAGUAUUGCCUGCCCAUUUGUGGAGGUAGAAAUUUGUGGGGCUGAAUAUGAUAACAGUAAAUUCAAGACAACUGUUGUGAAUGACAAUGGCCUUAAUCCAGUCUGGGCAUCUCAAGAGCAAGUGAAGUUUGAAAUCUAUGACCCCAGCCUAGCAUUUCUGCGCUUCGUUGUCUAUGAGGAAGACAUGUUCAGUGACCCCAACUUCUUAGCACAUGGCACUUUUCCCAUCAAAGGAAUCAAAUCAGGCUUUCGGUCUGUCCCUCUCAAAAAUGGAUACAGUGAGGAUAUAGAGCUGGCUUCCCUCUUGGUUUAUUGUGAGAUGCAGCAGAUCCUGGAAGGUGAAGAAGAUCUCUACUCAUCAUUUCGGCAACUACGACAGCGCCAAGCAGAGCUGAACAAUCAGUUAUAUGACACCCGACGGAACUUAAAGAAUCCCAGCCGAGAUGAUUUAUUGCAAGAGUUCAAUAAGAAUGAGGGUCAGCUGCAAGUGUAUCAAGAGACAUGCAACAAGAGGUGGAACUACUCUCCCAAAGUUGCCUGGCAGAAGUCUGCCACUGCCCUCAGCUGUCAUCAUCUGGAGUAAAUUGCCUUUGAAGGCACAGCUGAAAUUGCAAGGGAGAAAAAAGUACCAGAUAUUAUGGACUGUGGCAGGGUUAUUUCUACACAGUGGCUUGAUGAAUGCCAGAUUUCAGGGGGGGUUGUGUGUUUUAGAAAUAUUAACUUGUAAAAUCUUAUCUGAUUUGUUUUGGGUAGAAAUUUUAUUUUUAAAUGUAUGUAUACAUCAGUGGUAUGUGCGUUUGUGUGUAUAAAGGCUGAUUGGCACUAAAAUUUA